AUGGAGAACCAGCGCCGCGACGACUCGCCGUCGGGCCUCUCAGCUAUCGUCGAGGGCGAUGGCCUUCUGGGCACCGGCUUAACGACUCGCCAUAUUGAAGCAUUCGGACGAAAAGUCACAAGUACCGCCGGACACCUGAUGGGACCGGGCGAACAGAAUAGCAACCACUUGCACAAUGCUAUGAGCGACAUCCACCGCGAGUUGCGGCGACCGUCGAUGCAGCGCAAGGUUUUUUCUCUCGCACAAACCACGCCGACCGACCUCGUCCGCUCGAAGCUUUCGACCACCGAGAUUCAAUCCCGUGCCCUCUCGUCGGUCCCGGAUGACCUUCUCGCCAACAUUCCCGAAGAUAGCAGCUCCUACUCCCUUUUCCAAGGCUUCCAGGCCUCCAUACCCGAAGAAGACCAUGGAAAGAAACGACACCGAAGGCGCACCUCGAAGGGCAAGCUUCUCAAGGACACCGAGAAAGGCGGCACCUUGACUGCCGGCCCGGCCGGGUUGAAGGACCAGCGGAAAUCGCUGAGUCGCAAGUUGGAGUUGAUGGGGAUUCGAAAGAACAUGUGCAGCGCGGAGAUUCACGAAAUCGACAACAAGGUAGCCAACUUGCACAAGAUGCGCAAGAUCGUUCUCGAUCGGUUGGCUGGCUUGGAAAUGGACGAGGCGGGAUUGGAGCAAGAACUGACGGACCUCGAUAAUCAGUUGGAAGAUUUCCCAGAAGAAGAUUCACAGGGCACACCAGUUGCGACAGGGACGCCGCAGUCUGACGGUCAAGAUGGCUCUAUUGGGUCAUCCGGAGAUCCAGCGAUGGACGCUUCGUUCAUGUCCGAAUCAAUUUAUGACAAGCUGCCCUCGCCCUCAUCAAAAAGCCUACGACAUCGGUCUAAUCGGAAACGGUCGAUGCCAAUCCUACAUGAACACCUCACUCCUGGGUCCUUGAUCAAGGAAAUAGAAGCACACACCGACCUGGUUACUGCCAUCGACUUCGAUUAUCCAUUUGGUACCAUGGUCAGCGCUGCGUUAGACGAUACCGUGAGAGUUUGGGACAUGAAUGUCGGUCGAUGCUCGGGUUUCUUGGAGGGUCACCAUGCUUCAGUCCGCUGCUUACAGGUAGAGGAUAACAUCGUGGCAACCGGAUCCAUGGAUGCCUCUGUCAAAUUAUGGGAUCUGAGCCGUGCUCGGCCCGUGACUCGAGAUGGGCGUCUCAACAAGCACGAGCGUGACCAAGAAGAUGGAGACUCAGGUCAUAACUUCCCAGCACCGCCGACGUCUAACCUCGAAGACUGCAAUGUCUUUUCCCUCGAGGCACAUGUCGAUGAGGUGACAGCGCUUCACUUCAAGGGCAAUACACUCAUCUCGGGAUCCGCAGACAAGACUCUCAGACAAUGGGAUCUAGUUAAGGGCCGCUGUGUUCAAACAUUGGAUGUUAUGUGGGCGUCCGCUCAGGCAUCGUCUUCCAUGAUGGGAGGAGAAUCUGACUGGCGACCAUCGGGACGCAUGUCCGAUGCUUCGGCUGACUUUGUUGGCGCAGUGCAGUGCUUCGAUGCUGCGCUGGCAUGUGGUACGGCAGAUGGUAUGGUUCGCCUCUGGGAUUUGCGCAGUGGUCAUGUCCACCGCAGUCUCGUAGGACACACAGGACCGGUCACAUGUCUUCAAUUUGACGAUGUGCAUUUGGUCACCGGCAGUUUGGAUCGCAGCAUUCGAAUUUGGGAUCUGCGUAUGGGCUCUAUCUACGACGCUUAUGCUUAUGACAAGCCCAUUACUGACAUGGCAUUUGACUCCAAACGCAUUGUGGCUGCUGCCGGAGAGAGUGUGGUCAAAGUCUAUGACAAGGCCGAUGGCAACCAAUGGGACUGCGGUCCGGGAGUUGGCAUCGACAAUGACGGGCCGUUCCCUGCGAUCAUCGAGCAGGUUCGUCUCAAGGAUGGCUACCUUGUGGAGGGACGUAAAGACGGUACUAUGGCCGCCUGGACGUGUUAG